AUGACGCAAACAAGCCUACUAAACACCUCAUGGACACUCCACCGUCUCUCCCCUCUCCACCACGGAAGAGACUUUGACAGCCUUGUCAACAACCCCGCGGCUCUGAAGUUCUACGCGACCCGACUACGAGAUCAAGUAACCGCAGCCUCCUUCCCGAUUGCCCUCCAAUCUACCGGUCCACUGCCCACAACCGACGACGACACCCUCUCCCGAACCGGCGCGCUGCAAUCCUGCACCUGGGAACCCAUACCCAGUCUGUCAUUCUCAGACAUUGAACACGAACGCGACCCUGAAAAUGGGUCUCAGGCGUCGAACGGACCUCGAUCCCGCGCGCGGACUCAACGCUCAGCACCAGCCUCACAUACGCCCUCCCAACAGGGAAGUGGAAUCCUCGUGAAGCUAGAGUACGAGAACGCAACAUACAAAGCAGCUCUUCUUAGCUUGUCCUCUCUCCCUGCAAUCCAAACCGAAACCGUUUCGAAACCUCGCACCCGAACUCGCUCUCAGACUCAAACACAUGCUACCCACCUACCACUCCUUCUAACCCGCUUUCCUGCUCCUCUCCGACAAACUUUCGUCUCCUUUCUCUCUUCGACCUUCGAUACGUACUGUUCUCCGCUUCGUCUUCCCUCGCGAUUUAUAGGCACAGCAUUGAACACAUAUAUAAACACAUUGAACUUGGAAGAUGGAUCCGGGCCUAUGAACGCAGUCGAGAUUGUCAAAGAGCUUCACCUCACACUAUCGUUCCCUGCCUUUGCUGCGCCGGAUUUGCGUACUUUGAACAUCACGGUGCCACGAGAGUCGUUGGGCGGGUUCCUUCAUGCUGGAAAUAACGGUGAUGGAAGUGAGUCGGACGUUCUGGCUGUGCUUAGUGCGUACCUGGAGGAGCAUUUGGCGAUGAAGUUUGAUUUGACCGGUGGGAAUGCGGGGCCCACUCUUAAGGGGCAAGAUCAUGUGCGCCUGUCGCGAAUCGCUUGUGGGGGGUUCGUGCUCGGUGGAGAUGGGAAGCUAAAGCUGGUUGCAUCGACACCAGCUGGCGACAACGGCGAUUCGGAUACCGCUGCUGGUCGGAACAAUCAUCUUGCAUUACGGGCUUGCGAGGUGUUGCUUUCCAAUAUACUGCGCAGAGCUGAGAUGAACGAGGAUGAGAACCAGAAACCCUAA